UCGCAGCAACCGCACGGCAUUUUUCACACGGUGUAAGCUGCUGGAAGAAAACAACAAUGGCUUCAAUGGCGGCGAGAAACGCACUUCUCAAGUACCUAAGAGUGCAAGCAAGACCAGUGCUUCAAAACCCUAGCCCACUUUCUGUCUCAUUCAGCAGUAUUCUGCAGCGACGCCACUUCUCAGAAGAGGUCAGGGGUACAUUCCUCGAUAAAUCGGAGGUCACCGAUCGAGUCGUCUCCGUCGUCAAGAACUUCCAGAAAGUCGAUCCUUCCAAGGUUACACCAAAUGCCCAUUUCCAGAAUGAUCUCGGGUUAGAUAGUUUAGACACCGUGGAGCUUGUGAUGGCAUUUGAAGAAGAGUUUGGGUUUGAGAUUCCUGAUAAUGAAGCAGACAAGAUUAGUUCCAUCAGUCUUGCUGUUGACUUCAUUUCAUCUCAUCCCCAGGCAAAAUAGGGGAACAAAGAAGCUUCCCUGCUAUUUUCUACCUUUUUUCUGUGAGGAACUAGCUCAUCAAGAGAGACCGGGUUCUUGGUACUUAGAAUUUAUAUUUCUUUUUUCGUUUCCGGAUAUUAAAUACAUCAUUGCUCACAAUCUGUGUUGAAUUAUGUUUGGAAUGUAUUUUGAGCAUUUGCUGACACUGAUUGCUGCUCUUUUGCAUAAUUCCUGAUGAUGGAAAUUACUAUGGUUACUGUGUUAAUUUGUUGCUAA